CGUACUACGUGUGACACCACGAGCAACAAGAGGGAUCACGAGCGGGUUGAGUUGCAGCUUCCUCGGUUUAAUGACACGGCGUGUAUUCCAGUGUGUAGCCACUGUCACACGGCGCACGUCGUCAUCAUGUCGGACACGGACACCCUCUUUGCCACAUUUCAGACCCAGCUCUCUGAUGUGAUGGAGGCUGUGCUGAAAACGGCAAUGUUUAAGGUCACCAGGCUGGUGGAGGACGUCUUCUUGGAGGAGGUGAAGCGCCGGAGUCAGGAGGUGGCGACCCUCAGGAUGCAGCUGCACUGGACUGAGAGCAAAUUCAUUGACCAAGGAGGGAAAGAGGGAAGAAAAACUGGAAGGUGUGUGGACUGUGCAAGGGAUGAUGUGGAGCUGUCCGCUGAUGCUUUUGAAGAAAUGGCGGAAGGCCAGCAGGAUGAUGUGUUGAGGGGCUGUAGUGUGAAAAAAGAGGGAGAUACUGGUGAAAGAUGGAUAACGAGCUGCAGGCAAGACCUCAUAUCGGAGUCACAACAGGAGGCUGAAAAUCCUGCAGCCGACCAGAGCCCUGAAAGGAAGUCACAAUCACAUCAUGCAAGAGAAGAAGAAGAUGAAAUGGCAGCUGUGGACAUGAAGGAGGAAGAACCUCAGCCGUCUUAUUCUUCGUUGCAUUUGGGAGGGUGGAGCGGUACACUUGAUGACGAAGCAGGAUUCGAAUCGGACAGCUCUAGUGAAGUGACUGAAGCACAAGAAACAGACGAGGAAAUACUGAGGACUGUUGUUAAGCAAGACCCAGAAAUAUCUACUGCUUAUGGAUUUUCUGAAAGCAAUACACAGACAGCUACGGAUCAACUGCAAGCUUCAGCUUUGGAAAUUGAACAGAACAGUUGGGCAGGCCUGACUGUCACAGCAGCUGGAUUGCUGCAGAACCACAGACUUGGAGCAGAAACGGAGCGUGAUCCUGUCAAAAGCGAAGGUCCUGUAAAGUGCACAGAGUACGAGCUGUCUGACACUGCCAGAGCAGUUGUUCAGAUUGUUGCAAGCAGAGAUCAUAUCCCGUCUUCAGCAUCCCCUCAGGAAAGACUGCAACAUGGCAAUACGUUGGGUGUGACUAUUAAGGAGGAAGUUGUUGUUGGUUCUGAUGGGGAUGAGGAAAGCAAUCAUGUGGAAAAGAAAAUAACAAAGCCGGGGCUGGCGUGUUUCUCAAGUUCAGGAAGGCAGCAGAGGUUGAGUUCAUUAACACGUAGAUCAAACCACAUUUCCCAUAAAGCCACUCUGCAGGACGUUAUGAGGCUGCAUUCUAAAGUGGGUGCAGGCCACAGAUUGCAUGCAGCCAUACAUCAUGUCCACCGACCGAUGAAAAAGCCCGUUCACACAUUUGUAAAUAGCUCGUCUGCAUCUCUGGCCAUGGCUCGCUCUCAGGUUGGAAACUUAAAUCUCAACAGAAUUCCCUCCACAUCCAAAGCAGCUCCUACUCCUGCCGUCCAGCGAGUUCAACGACCAACUCAGUCCGGCAACAAACAAACUUCAGCGCUUCAUCGGACCGGUGUCCCGUGGGGCAGCAUCAGAUCCCACCAUCACUCUGCAAACUCUCCUCAGGGCGACGCCGCAGCCUAUCCAGACUCCCAUGCAGGCCCCAGGCACCUCCUGUGUUGUGGCCAGUGCGGCAAGUGUUUUCCCCACCCCAGCAACCUGAAGGCCCACCUGCAGACGCACACUGGCGAGCGGCCUUUCUGCUGCUCGCUCUGCGGCCGCAGCUUUACCAAGCUGAGCAACCUGAAAGCUCACAGACGUGUCCACACUGGAGAGAGGCCGUACUGCUGCUCGGCCUGUGGCAAAUGCUUCACUCAGAAGUGCAACCUGAAACGCCACCAGAGGAUCCAUCUGGAUGUAUGAUGAAGGACAGUUGGUGAAAAAGAGACUACUUUGGUGUGUGUGUGUGUGUGUGUGUGUUUUUGUCGUUGUUAAGAGUUUACAUUGCAGUCCAGUACUGUUUGCCUGAUGCAAUGCAAGACUGCCUCUGUGUACUCGUCUCAAUGUGAUUGUCCAAGAUUCUUCUGUGCAUUCCAGGAAGGUUCAUCUAGUAAUUUAUGAAGGUGUGUUGGUGUUAUUAAAGGUUGAAGUUUUGAGGUGUGUUACGCACAAUGAUAGUUCGGUUGCCACUUUUAGUCAAUAAAUGACUGUUAUGUGAAAAGUCAGGUUCUUCUGUUACAUUGACUGCAGUGUACAACCGUGGAUCAGGGCCUGCAUUUAUCAAAAGGAUUGUUCUUCAAAAAUGAUUCAAAUUUCCUUUCGAUUCAAUGAAACAGAACAUCAGAAUUAAUUUAAGAAGUAGUAGUAGUAGUUACACUGAAGCUGAAGUUCUCUGGGUCGAUCAGAGUAGUUUGGGAUGGUUUUAUGUGGUGACGUGGAGGUGACAGAGGAGUGACAGGGGUGUAGUCUUACAGCUUAUUCUGUUCACAACAAAACAUUUAGAUCGUGUAAUUGCCCCUGUUGUAAAAAAAAAACAUUUUGAAAGCAAAAUAACUGUAAAGGACAAACUGUUUAAGAUGAUUAAGGCAUUUGUUGAGAGGCAUACGUCACAUGUUUUGUUGCUCUGAUUGGUUAUAGUGUUUUUUGUUGUUUUUUUCCCCCCUCUCUAUCACUUGACCCCGUACUGAAAUCCUCAAAUUCUCCUUCACAAACGUUUGCAUUUAAUUCCAACAUUUAACAGGAUGCUUCUCAACUGUUUUAAGGAUUUUGGUUUUGGUUCAGCUUUUGAAAUUUCAAUUGGUUUAUCCCAAUUUAAUUGUUAAUUUAUUAUAUCAUAGCUCUUAACCACAAUCACAGAUAAAAUGUAGAAAAAAUAAAAGAAAUAAAAUUUCUUAACGUUUA